AUGCAACAUCAACAAAGCAUUCAUUACAGAGCACACUCUUCCAUUUCACAGUUGGCAAGAGACAAGUUUAUGGAUCCAUAUAGUGAAAACUGUAGCUUUCAAAACCUUUUAAACAGUCAGCAACCUAAGACCCAACACCCUUAUGUACACCCUGUUGGUGACACGUUCUCUGCAUCGGAUGCCUCUGUCUUCGGUUCACAAUGGACUGAAGAUGGCAACGACAGUGCAGAGACUGAGGCUGUGUCCGAAGUUAAAGGGAGACGUAAAUGGUCGCCAACAGAAGAUGGUGUGCUCAUAAGUGCUUGGUUAAACACCUCCAAAGACCCAAUUGUAGGGAAUGAGCAGAAAGCAAUCUCAUUUUGGAAACGGAUUGCAGCUUAUUGUGGUGAGAGUCCUAAGCUGGAUGGUUUGCCAAAGAGAGAGCAAACGCAGUGCAAACAGAGGUGGGGGAAGAUUAAUGAGGGAGUGUGCAAGUUUGUUGGCAGUUAUCAUGCUGCAACGAAGCAGAGAUCGAGUGGACAAAGUGAGGAUGACGUUCUGAAGAUGGCGCAUGAGAUUUUCUACAAUGAUUACAAGUCAUCAAUCCAUGUUGGUAAGGAUGAAGCUCGGCCUGUUGGUGUAAAAGCUUCAAAGGCCAACGGAAAAAGGUCAGCAAGCAAGCAAGCGAAUGUGGAAGAGGAAGUGAAUGAUAGGGUGGAGUUUCACAGCCUGUGGGAGAUAAGGCAAAAAGACUUUGCUUUGCAGGAUAAGCUUAAGGAUAAAAAAUUGCUUGACAGCCUCAUUGCCAAGACAGAGCCACUGAAUGAGCUAGAAAUAGCUUUGAAAAAUAAGCUUAUUAAGGAAAUGUUUGCUCUUUAG